AUGCAUUUCUCAAGUAAAGUCUUUGCUGCGUUGGCAGCUUGGAGUACCGCAGUCACAUGCGCGACAACUCCUUUUGCUCGUAGCGAUGCCAUUGGGACAUGUUCUGAAGACCUGAGCCAACUUGGUAAGAAGUUAUCCAAGUCGGCCAAGGUCUACUGUCCUGGAUCUGCCGAGUUUGAGAAGGCUACCACUCGUUGGUCCGUUCUGGAUGCCCCCAAGGUCAAUAUUGUUGUCGUUCCUGGUACAGAAAAGGAUGUCGCUACGACUGUCAAAUAUGCCAACUCCAAGAACCUCCCUUUCCUCGCCUACAACACUGCUCAUGGAGCCAUCACCACUUUGGGUCGCAUGGACCAUGGUAUUGAGAUUUAUCUCAGCCAGCUGAACAAGGUCGAAGUCGCUGCUGACGGCAAGACUGUCACAAUUGGUGGCGGUACAAGGUCCAAAGAAGUCACCGACACACUUUGGGCUGCCAACAAGCAAACCGUGACCGGAACAUGUGAGUGCGUUAGCUAUAUGGGUCCAGGCCUUGGUGGUGGACAUGGCUGGCUCCAAGGCCAUCACGGUAUCAUCGCAGAUCAGUGGGUCUCGCUCAACAUUGUCUUGGCUGAUGGAUCGUUCAAGACCAUCAACAAGAAGUCCGAUCUCUGGUGGGCCCUCAAGGGCGCUGGCCACAACUUUGGUAUUGUGACUUCUAUCACUUCCAAGGUGUAUGAGAUCCAGCACCGAGACUGGGCCAUCGAGACACUUGUUUUCAGUGGCGAGCACGUCGAGAAGUUGUAUCAUACCGCCAAUGAGCAUCUCCUUCGGAAGCAGCCUGAGGGUGUCAUUAACUGGUCCUACUGGGUUCAUGACCCUACUGCGGACCCCGAAAACCCUGUCAUCCUCUUCUGGCUCAUCCAAGAAGGCGUGAAGAGCAUCGAUCCCAAGAUCUCCAAGCCUUUCCACGAUCUGAACCCCAUUGCCAUCUCUCCUGAGUCUGGGGACUACCGUGACCUUGCCAAGUGGACGCAAAUCGAUGUUGAUGCUGUCCCAUGUCAGAAGAAUGGUCUCGUCAACCCCCGUUUCCCUCUCUAUCUUCAGGAGUACAAUGUCUCCGCCAUGAAGAACGCAUGGAAUCUCUUUGCCAAAGAGACGGGGCCAGAUACUCCUUUCAACACUUCCAUCUUCAUGUUUGAGGGUUACUCCACCCAGGCGGUUCGAGGUACUAAUGCCCAGAGUGCUGCUUUCGCAUUCCGCCAGGAGAACAUCCUCACUGCUCCCUUGAUCACAUACAAACCUGGAGAUGCCGAGCUUGAUAAGAAGGCUGCUUCUGUCGGUAAUGAGUUGCGUCAUAUUCUCCAUAGAGCUUCUGGCCAGUAUCACAUGAGCGUCUAUGUUAACUACGCUUUUGGUAAUGAAGAUCCAAUUAGCUGGUAUGGAAAGGAGAACUGGCGGCAAGAGCGUUUGAAGAAUCUGAAGAACAAGUAUGACCCCAAAGGAAAGUUCAGCUUCUUCGGUCCUGUGGCAUAA